CGUGGGGGCGCGUCUGACUACUCGCCCUCAGCCAAUCAGUCUCCUCGCAACUGUUCGCUUACGCAGCUGAUCGUGGACCGGCUGCGGAGGUGGGGAGAAAAGCCUAGCCGCCAAGAAACUGACAAGACAAGGAGCCACUUGUUGUUGCCGAGCAGCGAGCGGCGGUCUUCGGCUUCAUUCGUCACCUCUCCGCUGCCUCCAGGAAGUUGAAUGUCUACAUCAGCGUCGUCUCCAUGGCCAUGUCGAUGCAUCAUCAUCAUCCUCUUGACCUCCUUACCACGCCUCUUUGCAGCCACUGCACCCCCUACAGGCCGUCUGAGCAACUGCACACACCCUCUGGUCCCAGAGCAUGGGGGCUUCCGCUGUGAGCCCUCCCCCUGUCGAGGUUUCCCCCACAAGAGUGCCGUGCACCUGUUCUGUGAGGACGGCUAUCGCACAGUCAAGUCUCCCAUCUCCUGGUGCAAUCACGGCGCUUGGAAGCCGCGCAUUCCCGCCUGCGUCCGCAUUAGAGGGGAUGCUCGCAUUAACGCCCAUGGCGGGGCAGAUUUUGGCGUGCCCAACGUGGCCACGACGGCUGUGGGCGUGUCCAUAUUCCUGCUCACCACAACCGCCUGCCUGGUGGUCAAGUCCCGCCUCUGCCCCUGCCAAUCACAAAGUAGGCGUCGGUCCUCGGAACAGCUGGACCUGAUGGCUGAGGGAUUUCCUGUGCCGCUGCCGUCCUAUGAGGAGGCGGUGUAUGGCAGCUGGGGCCAACCCCUCCCCCCUUGUCGCUCGCCCCCACCGGGACCCACCCAGCUCCUGCUCGCCCGGGAGCCAGCCAGCGAUCAAUUCAGCCCUGACAAUCCCCCACCUUCUUACGAAGAGGUCCCAUCACGAACGAGUGACAGCCGACGGCUACGUGUUUCUCUUUCGGACGACAAGGAUGUUUGAAGGACAAAACUGUGAGGCAGUUUCGAUUGACAGCUGCCGGAUGUGACGACAAGGCACUUUUUUCCCCUUGCAUUGGGUUGGACGCAGCGGGCUGGCGUCCAGAAAAAAGCUGAUUGGCCAGUUUGCACUCAUCUGACAAUGGAAGCUCUCAGGUCCAACAUGAAAUGCUAAUUAAAAUAACCCUGGUUUGAAACACGAACGCAGAUUUGAAAGCCUACUGUAAUCUUGAACCCUUGUCUUGAAACCAUGAUUGGAAACACCAACCAAGCCUUCAUACAGUUCAUUGAAACCCCAACUGUAAAACCCUACUUUGAAUCCUUAACCCCGACUUGAAACUCUAAUUUAAAAUUCAAACGCUGGCUUGUAUUUGAAACUAGCUCACCCCAACUCCAGUUUUCAACCAAACUUGACACCCCAAUCAGGCUUGAAACCCUCAUUUGAAAUCAUAACCCAGGCGUGCAACCAUAGCGACUUGAGAGGUUCCACUGUAUCCACGAACAGAAUAUUAUAAUUAAUGUAUGAGAUUAUAUUUAUAUGAAGUAGAUCAAUUGCAGACUGAAUGUAUUUUCUCUUUAUGAAUGCCAUACUGUAAAUAAUAUUGACUUAAUUGAUAAAUAUAUCUUUACGUCUCUUU